AUGCCUGGGGUUGAUGUGAGUUUACAGUGUACCCUAAAUGGACCCCGUCCAGGCAGAUUUGUUUGGGAAAGGGAUGGUAUUGGUAUAUCGUCUAAUACUGACUCCAGGUAUACCAUAGGGCAAACUAUGGCUCCGGAUGGUGGGGUUAUAACUCAGCUGAACAUAUCACACUUGAGAGUUGAUGAUGGAGGGCUUUUUUCUUGUGUCGCUCAUCAUGGAGAUAACUAUGCGGCGCACCAUGAUAGGCUGAAUGUUUACGGACCGCCGUACAUCCGGACGCAGCCACCGUUUAAAGUGCAGAGCGGACAAAGUGUUACGCUGAAAUGCCCAUACUAUGGAUAUCCUGUAAGGGAAAUAACGUGGGAAUAUAAAGGUAAAGAAAUAAACCCAGAUAUAACAGCACAAAGUAAUCGGUACAAGCGAUCUGUGAACAACACAGCUAGUAUAGAAAUUUUUGGCCGAAAACCAAAAUUAAGAUCCAAGAGAGAUCUACUGACAGUAUCUAAUGGUGGUAUUUUAAAUAUACCCAAAGUUUCCAAAAGUGACAACGGAGCUUCUUAUUCUUGUGUAGUCAAGAGCCCCUCAGGAGAAAUGGCUAAAAGAUCAUUUGAAUUGCACGUAGUAGAGGCACCUCAACUGGAAGAAAUUCUUCUGCCAACGGAUUUGCAAGAAGGACAAAUUGUCCAGAUUCAUUGUAAUUUGAAGAGUGGAGAUUCGCCAGUUUACUAUUCUUGGUUGAAAGAUGGGAAAAAGAUUCCAACGCAUCUCAAGAUAGCUGAAAUGUUGAAUAAUUUGCAGAUUGUCGAGAGGAGUUUGGAGGUCUUCAGUGUGCUUAUAAUAAAGAACGUAUCUUUGGAUCAUUGUGGCACUUAUACUUGUGUGGCUGCCAACCACGUAGCCAAAGUGAACCGAACAGUGAAUUUGUAUAUAAAAGUUGCUCCUAAAUGGAGCGAAGAACCUCAGAACUCAUCACUGCUUCUAGGACGUGGUGGACACAUAUCAUGCAGCGCAAACGGUUACCCUCAACCUCAAACACACUGGCUCAAAAAAGAUAUUAUAUCAGAAUCUUGGAGACCAGUACUUGAGGUCGCAGGUGGAGGAGUUCUCAGUCUUUCCAAUGGAUCACUGAUAUUUGAUUCUGUGGCACUUUCCGACGCUGGACUGUAUACUUGUCAUGUUGAGAACGGAGUGGGAGAAGCUCUUAGCAAAACUGUGUGGAUCUCAGUUAACAAACCGGUAACUUUUGACAUUAUCUCAAGAAAUCUAACUGCUAAGCUUGGCCAGCAUGUUACUAUUGAGUGUCAAGCAAAAGGUGAUGAUCCUAUCAGGAUUAUGUGGACACGAAACGGGAAACCUAUUAACCCAUUAACGCAGAGAGUAAAAAUAUCUGAAGCAAAAACAGAAGAUGGAAUGGCUAGUAUACUAGAGCUACUACAAACUGAAACUAGCGACGGUGCAUUAUAUCAGUGUAGAGCUGGCAAUCCGUUUGGAGCUGACGUGUUCAGCGUACAUCUAACUAUACUAGAACCACCAACACCGCCAUCAGAUUUAUCCGUAGACUCCAUAAAGAGCAGGUCGGUUAAGUUAUCUUGGAGAGACAUGGCGAGAUCACUUGCUCAGUAUUACAAUCUUCAAAUUACCAACAGUCAAAGAUUAUCGUGGAAUAGUGCCAAAAUUAUCAAUAUUACCAGAUUAGACGAAAUACGUCACAUCAUAGAGGUUGAAGACUUACUGCCGGCGACUAGUUAUACCGCAAGAGUGGCUGGUGGUAACCAAGCCGAUUUGAGUCAUUAUUCAACCCCAGUCAGAUUCACCACAACUGAAGAAGCACCAUCAUCGCCACCACUUGGAGUACAACUGGAGCAAACAGAGUCACCAGGAGAACUCAAAGUGAGAUGGUUACCACCUCCAGCUGAUAGUCACAAUGGAAUUAUAUUGGGCUACCGACUGAAAGCUAUACCUCAAUUAAUAGGAUUAAAAGAAACAGAAGAAACGAGUGAUAAAACGAUAAAAACUGCAUCCCUAUAUGCCAAACAGGAAACAAUUAUUACAGGAUUACUGAAAGGAGUCAGGUACGCAGUAUCUGUAUCGGCAUUUAAUAGCGCUGGUUCGGGACCAUACUCAGUCCCCCUGUUUCAAGACACGAGAGAAGGAGCCCCCGAAGAAGGGCCCUCGUCAGUAGAAUGCGGAGGCGUGACGUCAACUGCUCUGCGUGUUAGUUGGCAGCCGAUACCACCACAUAAGCAAGCUGGUGCUCUUAUUGGGUACACAGUACUAUAUGCGGCUCAAGGUCGACAAUGGCUGAAUGCUACGUCGCUGGUGACAGAACUCCGGCUGCAGGGACUGUACAAAUUUACUAACUACACCGUCAAAGUGGCCGGCUUCUCUAACUAUGGACUCGGACCUUUCUCGUUUCCUAUUGUAUGUUCAACAUUGCAGGAUGUGCCCGAAGCACCAGCGGAAAUAAAACUUCUCUCGCAGUCUGCGACCACGUUACUUGUAAGCUGGAAAAGACCACGACAACCAAAUGGCAGACUACUUCAUUAUACAGUAUAUUGCAAGCCUACAGCCAGCAACGAUGGCCCUGAAGCUUUAAGAGUAGAUGUACAAAGUACAACAGAGGCUUACGAAAGAACUCAGACAUUGGAACUAAAAGGUCUUAUGGAAGGGAGACAGUAUGACGUGUGGGUGACAGCUAGUACUGUCGUUGGAGAAGGACCGGAGAGCAGAAGAGUAACAAAUACUAAUUCUCCACGAGUGGUAGCAGGCGUAGCUUCUCUCGGUGGAGAAAUUACAGUAGCUGUUCGAAACUCUCUGUUACUUGAAUGUCGAAGUGUGGGCAUACCACCACCAAGGACCGUGUGGUACCAUAAUCAAAACAUAAUAACACAUCAUCCCAGAUUCACCAGAAAUAAAGAUGACAGCUUAUUGAUAAAAAGUAUAGACCAAUCUCUUAGUGGAAAUUACACAUGCCUAGCUAAAAACCUAUACGGGUCAGACUCGGCAGUCUACUCAGUCAAAGUAUUGCCAUUACCUGAUCCACCUUCUUUAAGAGUUACUCCUUACAAGGACUAUAUUGUAGUGGAAUGGGAUGAGAUCAGGUCUUAUGGAAAUGUCUCAUCAGGAUACGGAAUCAGCUAUAAUCUUACCUGGCGGGAAAAUGACGGAAUGUGGCAAGAAGCAUGGCCGGUUUCCCGUGAAAAUCGUCUACCAGGAAUACAACAACAUACACUAGCUGGCCUAAAGUGUGGUACUAAAUAUUCUAUAAGAGUAACUGCCACUGAUAGUAUUGGGACCUCAGCACCCGCGCAUGCAGAUGUUACUACAUUGGGAGGAGCGCCUGUAUCUCCGCCGUCAACGGACUGGCUUUGGAGCAACGCAACCCACAUCUACAUUCAACUUAGCGGCUGGGAUGAUAGUGGCUGUGAUGUGACGAGGUGGGAAGUAGAAUACAGACCAUUGGGUGUUACAGCGUGGCAGCGAGCUGAAAAUAAAGCACCUAUGGACCUAAACCUUGGCUGGAGUUAUAUCGAAGGUCACUACCAAGCACCGCCGUUGCGUUCCAUUCCAACAUCGUAUGCCGUCGGAUCUCUCGCUCCCGCUAAUUGGUAUCAACUGAAAGUGACUGCGAUAAAUGACGCUGGAUCUGCGUCCACCAUUUAUACAUACGCCACGAAGACCCUGGACGGAGAGGAAAUCGGCCCACCAGCGGAGCUAUUCGACCUAAAUAUGUUGGUGAUUGUGUGCAGUUCCAUACUCCUCGUAAUGUGUCUAAUGGCUUUUUUCUGUAUACUGUUUAGAAGACAUAGGCAAACCUAUUCGUCUCAAUACAGGCACUCUAUUGCUGAAGAAGUAAAGUCACGCAACGAAAGCGUGGCCUCUCAUUCUGAACACAAGGAGAGAUACGCCCAUGCGCCCCGGAUCUACACAUCGCCAGUGCAGAACAGGAAGACCAGUAAAAACGAAAUGUUCGAGAUCAGUCCAUACGCGGAGUUUGCCCUGGGCUUCAGGACAUUCGACCACGUGGAGAAUCAAGACCUGCCCAGUAGGCUGCCCAGCAGACCGAGGUUUGAUACUGAAACGAGUUUUCAAAACCGUUCAGAAUCAGACGACAGCGACAGUACGUCAAAAGCCACAGUUUCUGCGAUGCCGAGACGUCACUGUCGAACACCACACCACAGAUAA